AUGAGCUCGUAUGUACCAUUACGAAUUAAUGCAUUGAACUCAUUGGACAUUGCUUGUCACCAGAGGGGAUACUUGAUGGCCUGGGAAACACAUGUCGGUUCAACUGAGGAGAGAAUGGGUUGUUUAGUAGCAGUCAUAGCAUACUUGGGAUUAGGUAACCAUGGAAUGAUUGGGGAGCACAAGGGGUACGGGGGGUUGGGAGGGUGUGGGUCAGAGGAUGGAAAGGUGACAACAGUCCUAUGA